CCGGUGAUUUGGAUUGUUUCGGGGUGCAAAAUCGUUCAGGUAUCUGUGCUUGUUCUUGGAAAUCACUGGAAGAUCCCUCGAGCGAGGGAACUUUUGCGGAUUCAGUUUGUUGGAACAUAUUUCCUUUCCCUGUCUGCCAGAUGGGGCCAUUGAACUCAGAUUGCGUGUCCGACACAAAAACAAGAUUUGUGAAAAAUAGUAGCCAGUCAUUUGCUUAUGUUGAAGCCAUCUGUCCUCAGCCUCAUCGUGCUGUCAGCUUCCCUUAUUUUAUUGAAGAUCUUAGCAGAUUCAGCCCCGUGCCCAAGAGCACUCUAGCGAGGAGCAGAGACAAAACGGGUCUUGAAAUUAUUGGUGUCGUCCUGAACAAGGAAGACACAGAAGCAGGUGGUGAAAUAGCUGAAAGCAGCGACACAGGUUACUUGUGUGGUUCGCCCCCUGCACGCACCCAUAACCCUGUAAUACAUGAUGCACAGUUUACCAAACACAUGAAUCCCAUAGCUUCUUGCCCCCCGGUAACAACUAACUCUUCUCCAAGAGCUGAAAGGGGUUCGCCAAAAUGCAACCCCACCAUCAGCGGGAGCCCAAAAAUUCGAGUUGAAGGUUUUAAUUGCGGGAAAUCUGAUCCCCUAUGCGUGGUUCCGACUCUCGCCUGACCCACCUGACCUUAGAUUCUUAACCCCCUUCUCUGUACAGAGUUUUUCUCUAUUUAGCUGAGAAUAUUAAAUUCCCAGCAAAUGCUUUUGAAGACAUUUUUCAAGCUGUUGAUCAUAUAUAUCUCUCUCUUUUGUUUCAUGGAAGAGCUCGGUGAUGUCUGUAGAUAUAGCUCAUUUUAGUUUACUUAGGAUGUCCGUCCCAAUGAGUCGUUUUACUGUUUGUUUCGAGGCUUUAUUAGUUUGGAUUCCGGAUUUGGUUGAUCUAAUGUAGACAUCAUCCAUUUCGUGCAUGUAUAUUGGGUAUGUAUAUACUCAGUUCUUUUGUUCCUUUAAGAAAAAGUCUUAUUGCUGCGAAUCAUAAAUGUUGUGCGUCAGUGAUUUGAUCUA